GACCUAAUUCCCACUCCAUUUUUCUCUCCUGCCACUACCCUACCCCCGCCAACUCCCGUAUCUUACUUCACCUCCACUCCUCCCAAACUGGCGGCUCAUGACGCAACGCCGCCGCUCGAACCAGAACUCCUCUCCUGAAACCGAACUCCAGACCCCAGAAACCACUGGCGCAACCGCCAUGAGGCUAAUUGUGCCUCUACAAGGUAUUGUCCAGGGCAGAGGAGGCUUAAUCUUGGGCUCUCUAAUCCCCUGCGCUCUCUUCUACUUCCUCCAGUUAUACCUCAAACGAAACCGUUCUCCGAAUCCUCCGCCAAGGUCCACAUCGUCAGCAAACCUAGGGGAGUUGCCGAGAACGUCCUCCCGCUCCAAUUUGUCCUCCCGCGGCUCGAUUGGGCCUGUUCAGAUAUCUGUUCGGGCGAGUUCGAUUGCCAAACCCAGCGAUUCUCCGUACUAUAUCGGAUUGGAGAAGGCGGCGGAGGAUCCGUAUGAUAGACUGGAUAAUCCGAAUGGCAUUAUCCAGCUUGGAUUAUCCGAGAAUAGGCUGUGUUUUGAUUUAAUUGAGAAAUGGGUUUCGGAAAAUUUGACGGAUUCAAUAAUGGGAAGAGAGGGUGGGGAGCUGAGUAUCAGCGGGAUUGCCACCUACCAGCCGUUUGAUGGAAUGACUGAAUUGAAAGUGGCUAUGGCGGAUUAUAUGUCGCAGGUCAUGGGCAGAACUGUUUUGUUUGAUCCAUCCCAAUUGAUAUUAACUGCUGGUGCAACCCCUGCAAUUGAGAUACUAAGUUUCUGCUUGGCAGAUCAAGGAAAUGGAUUUCUCAUUCCCACACCUUAUUAUCCUGGUUUUGACAGGGAUAUCAAAUAUCGAACAGGAAUCGAGCUAAUACCUGUUCACUGUCGCAGCACUGACAAUUUCAUGUUAAGCAUGACUGCUCUUGAUCAAGCAUUCAAUCAGGCAAGAAAACGAGGAAUUAAAAUUCGUGGAAUUCUCCUUUCAAACCCUUCAAACCCUGUUGGCAAUCUACUUUCUCGAGAUAUGCUCUACGGUCUUCUAGACUUUGCUCGGGAGAAGAAUAUCCACGUUAUAUGUGACGAAAUAUUUGCAGGAUCUAACUAUGGGAGCGAGGAAUUUCUUAGCAUGGCAGAAAUUGUUGAAUCAGAAGAAUUUGAUAGGACCAGGGUUCAUAUAAUUUAUGGACUGUCAAAGGAUCUUUCUCUUCCAGGAUUUAGGGUUGGCGUGAUCUAUUCCUUUAAUGAGAAAGUUCUAGCUGCUGCCAAGAAGUUAACAAGAUUUUCUUCUGUUUCUGCACCAACACAAAGGCUUCUGGUAUCAAUGCUUUCAAAUACAAGAUUCAUUGAGGAAUACAUUGAAACCAACAAAAAGAGGAUUAGGGAAAUAUAUCAUUUAUUCGUGGCCGGUCUGGAGGAAUUAGGAAUCAGGUGUGCAGAGAGUAGUGCUGGCUUAUUUUGUUGGGCUAAUAUGAGCAGUCUAAUUCCUUCUUACAGUGAGAAAGGGGAGCUUGAGUUAUGGGAACAGCUGUUGAACAUAGCUAAGAUCAAUGUAACUCCUGGUUCAGCGUGCCACUGCAUAGAACCAGGAUGGUUCAGGUGUUGUUUUACCACAUUAUCUCAGGAGGAUAUUUCUGUUGUUAUGGAACGGAUCAGGAAAGUUGCUGAAACCUGUAAAUCUUCCUGUUGAAACACCUAAAACCUUGAUUGCCUCUAGUAUUUCUCUUUCAGUAACUUAAGAAGAGGAUGUGCUUAUGCACAUUAUAGCUUUUCAGUUGGAAAUUUGACAAAUAUAUAUCCACCUCAAAGUUCUUGCAGAGUAGGAUAUCAUAUUACAUUCUGGAACUUGUAAAUUUUGUGUCUGCUAUCACACAACAAUGACUUGGAUAACCUUGAUGGAGAAAUUUCAGGUUGAUGUUGAAUAGCAAGUAUGAAUAUUUGUUUUUUAAAGGAACUUCUGUCUUGGCUGGAACAUUUUCCACUCCAAUCCUUCAAUUAAGUUUUUUUUGCUAGUUCUGAAGAUGCAGCAUCCUGAAGCUCUCUUCUUCUUCAUUUCCUGUUCUAUUUGCAUUCAGGCAAGAGAAAUUGUUCUCAAUAUCUUGUGCACGAUGCCAGAUAAUUAGGGAUUACAGUAUUCUGUACAUGAUAGUGCCUAAAAGUGGCAUGAGUGCUUGAUUUUGCU